AGGCUCCCCGUGCUGUGUGUGGAAAUGCCUGGAGAUAGUCGGCGGGUGCGGGGCCCGGAAGAAGGCUCUCAGAGCCCGGCGCUGUACGCUGUGAAGGAGGAAGGGAAGGCGCUCCGGGUGGGUCGGGGCCCGGCGGAGCAGCGCGGGGUCUAUGUACGGGCCGGGUUCCUGAGUCAGGCGGCGGGCUCGGCCUAUGUGGAGGUGGCGAAUGGCAGUAAGGUGGUGAGCGGAGUGUGGUGGGGGGCUGGUGAAGGCAGGCUGAACUGUGACCUGCGCUGGGCCCGCUUCUCCUCCCCCAUAGCGGCCACACAGCGGAGGGGUGGCGGGGCGCUUCUCCUGGAGCAGAGUCUGGAGGCCGCGGUGAGGAUGGAGCGAUACCCCCGGGCCGAGCUCAUGGUGUCCGUACUGGUACUGGAGGAGCGGGGCUCCGCACUGCCUCUGGCCAUCACCUGUGCCGCUCUGGCCCUUGCCGAUGCCGGCAUAGAGAUGUACGACCUGGUGGUCGGUGCUGCCGCCUGCCGGAGAGACACCGGGGACAUCCUGCUGGACCCCACCGAGGGCGAAGAGGAGUCCGCCGCCAACAUGUGCCUCGCUAUCAUGCCCACCCUCAACCAGGUGUCAGGCCUCCUCUGCACUGGGGAAUGGGAAGGAGACAGCUCAGUGGAAGCCAUGAAGCUUUGUAUGGAGGGAUGUCAGCGUCUCUACCCUGUGCUACAGCAAAGCCUCCUCAAAUCUACGAAGAAAAAAGUCCCUGCACCAGUGCCCGAGGCCAGCUAACCAAGCUGAAAUCAAGCCUCAUCAACAACCUCAGGUGCUGGUCUUUGGCUCCUUACAUCAUCACAGCACUAGGACUGAGCUCUGAAUAAUGUGACCUUACCAGAAUCCAGACUGAUGUCAGGAAAUGAACCAUUAACAUGUCCAGCUUACUAUACAGAACAUUUAAUGGCUGGUGGGGAUGCUACUAUGGAUUUGCCAGUCCUGAAUGACAUCAGUUCUAAAUGUUCAGCUAUCUGUUAAGAUACUUGAUCUUCUGAGUAGCUUCUAGCACCACAUGUGGUACAUCUUGUCCUCAGGAUCAAGGUCAUACAAUUUGUAACAUACUGGCUGUGGUGAGCAUGGGUCAGUGUACACAAUAUAACCCAGUCUGUGAAUGUUCUGAUGUAGCUCCAGCUUUUGAGGAGUUGGUAGGGACAUGUGAGAAGGAGACUUCUGCGGUCACUCAUUCUAUUGCUGACCCCAUCCUGUCCUUUCUCGCUGCUAAUCUGAUUUCUGUGAAAUUGUUUUUCAGUAGGUAAGCGAGAAAUGUUUACCAACUGACAAGGGCAUCCAGAAUUAAAUGUUUAUUUUCCUUA